AUGGCUGUUGACGCCAACGAUAUCGAUGUAGCACCAGAAGCGGGACACACUAGCCCAGAGCCGGAAGAGGAGGAGGAGGAGGAGGAGGAGGAGGAGGAGGAGGAGGAGGAAGACGAAGAAGACGAACACCGCCCGAAUAAAUACCACGGCGCCGCGCGAACAUGGCGGCACCGGACAGCCGCAGAGCGCCAGCUCAUCGCCUCGCUCAACAGCCUCCAGGCCGAGGAUCUGAGUAUGCAUCUAUACAACGCGCAUGCGCUUAAGCGGCGUGUGAGGCCGCAAUCGAAUAUCGACUCAGACCUUCCUUCCCCGCCCAGACCUCAGCCAUGGCAGAGCAAAGAGUCCUGGGUUGACGAGUCAAGAAAGCAAGAGUGGGUCCCGCCCGCGGCAUGGACGGCGUGGCCGCUGCAGCCGGAACAGGUGCCAAGGCCUGAGGAAAGGUUUGUGGGGCCCUGGGAUGAUGGGCUUGGGGACUGGACUGUGGGUGGAGGCGUUAAGGAGAGCGAUGAGGAGUUUAGGGAGGUAUUGGUGGGGCUUGUGCAGAGGAGGGCGAAGCAGCGGUGGUGGGGAAGGGGUGGGAAGGCUUAUGUGGAGGAGGUGGGAGAAGAGAUGUCACACAGCAGGAGUCGGUUGAGAGGGAGAAGCAGGAGCCGAGUGGAGCCGGAAGAAGGAUCAACGAGUCGCGGUAGUCGAGGGAGCUCCACGGGACUGUCGAGUGUACGGACUUCGAGGGCUGCCAGCGAAGAGUCCGAUGCAACGGGUAUUACCAGCACAAGCGAUCAGCGUAGACUGGCGAAAACGGAUGGCGAUGAGGAUACCGAAGAGCGCCGUUCAAUGCCUUCUAUCCUCGUAGACGAUGACGAGGCCUCCCGCAUCCUCGAGCCUACCAUCACCGCUCUAAUGGGCAAGCUCGACGCCCUACUAGACGGCCUCCGUCACUCGCGAAACAGCCAUAUCCGCCGCGAUACCGAUGACGAAGGUACACCACGAUCACGAUCUCAAUCACGAUCCAGACCCAAACCAGGGCGGAAACCGCCAAAGCCCUCAGUACAGGCUUCUACUCACCCACAAGAUCACGCCACCGAAGAGCAGCACCCAGAACCGCCCGCGCAGCGACGCAAAGUAGGCCGCCCCCGAAAACCUUUCCAGCAGCCCACCGCUCUCGAUCCAGCGGAAAACUCUCACCAAUCUCCUCCCCGCAAAGACGCCCGAGGCCGCCCGCGCAAAUGGCCUAAACCGCUGCCGGGAGAGACGCACUACAUGAUGCGGCGCCGCGUCACUGCCACUCUCAAUGGCCAACACGACGACCCCCCUCCUCCGGCUGAGCCCAUCGACCAAGUCACUUCCGCCGAGCCGCCAUCCCAGCCUGCUUCUGACACCGAAUCCGGCCACAGCUCCACUUCUACCACCAUCACUCGCUCCGCACGCGGCGCCUCACGCCGUCGCCCUAGCCGCUCCUACUCACGUAGCAGCUGCCGCGCUCCUGCGCCCCGCGACUGGAGCGAGGUCCUCGGCGUCGCGGCGCUCGUGGGCUGGGAUCCUGCUGUCGUAGCCCGCGCGGCGGGGAGGUGCGCAAGACUCUUUGGGGAGGGGAUGGCGUUCCGGAGGUUGGAUGCUGAUGCUGCGUUGAAGGGGGUGGGGGAGGUUGUGGAGGUUCGGGCUCGGGCGAGGCUUCCAGUGUUAGAGGUGGAUGGUGAGGACGGGGACGGGGAUGGAGAAGAGCAAGAGGAGGGAAGGAAAGAGGAACGGCGGCCUUACCUCUAUCCGCUCAGUCUAAACUGUCCGCAUGAAGACUGUGAAUGGCAUGGUAAGGUGUUUCCGCAGCGGUUUAGGCUUACGGAACAUAUUAUGCGGAAGCAUGGGUAUGAUCCACGCAAGGAGCAGUAUGGGGAGGACGCAGGUGAUGAGGGCGAGGGGUUGUUGGGCGGCGUGCACAAUGAUGGGUUUUUAGAGCUUGUGCCGCUGAGGGCUCGAAGGAGCAAGAGGAGGAAGGGUGGGGAGAAGAAUGAGAAGCCGAUGGCGGGGGCGGCGAGGAAGAAGAGGAAGGUGAAUAAGGCAAGGGAAGAGGAUGGGGAAGAGGAUAGGGUAGAGGUAGAGGAUGGGGUUAGAGAUCAGCAUGGGAAAGGGGGAUGA